AUGUAAAGCUAAUCUACUAGUGUUGUUUAGAAACUCAAAAAUGAAGUUCUAUACCAUCUAGACAUUUUCGGAUAAUAACCUAAUUUUACAAUACUCAAUCGAAGCAAAUAUCCUUCAUUACUUGGUCUUCUAACUUCUUUAAUGAUAUGUGCAUUAGGAUUUUAUUUUUUUCUCACAGAAGUAGUUACUAUGAUUUCGUAAUCCAAGCCAGCGAUUUAUCAAACAGAAUUAUCUAUUUCUAAUACCGAAGUAAAAGAGAAUGUUUAAUUAGCCAUUUUUGCUAUAUAAUGAUAACUUCACAUUGGCAAUCUCAAUAGUAAAUCGAUUUUCAGAGCCCAUAAUAGGAAUUGAUCGAUAUUUCAACCUUAAUAUCAGUUAAUGCGAGAGAUUAAGAAAUAUAAAUAAAGAUUCUGGAAAAAUAUCUAUUGAUUUAAAGUAACAAUAACUGAAAAUAUAAGAUGCACAUAAUUACCAAUCGAACCAUGUAAUAUGUCACAUUUUACAACAGAUAUAUAACAGGAGUACUUUUCAAUUAUUAGAAUGGGAGGAAUCUAAUGUAUUAAUAGAAAAUACCAAGAAGAGAACCCUUUAGUAAACAACAUCUUUAACUUCUUAGAAAUUAUAAGGCUUAAUUACAUCCAAUGCAUUCAGAUAUAUAUUCAUUUAGUUUUCUGCUUGUCAUAAUACAAGUUUGUCUCAGACUUGUGCAUCGUAAUAGGAAAUAGAAAGUAUCUUAGAAUCAGGUCACUACAAUAUAUACAAAAGCGAUUACCUGACCAAACUAGAUCGACCAGGAUAGCCUUUUCAAGAAUUCAUAACAAAUGAAUUUACAAGUUUUUCUUUAACCACUUCUAAGACUAUUUCUUAAAGAUAUAAAAUCUUAGAAACUUUUACAGAUGAAGGAUUAAUUUGGGAAUAAAUUUCGGUGUAAUCAAACAUAUAAUAAAGUGAAUGGAGAGAGAUAUCUGAAUUUUAUAAUAAUCAAUAUUUGAUUGUUCAUUAUAUUAUGCUAGAUUAUAAAUAAACAAAUAACAUUAGAACUUAUGUUAAAUUACAAACAAUUUUAGGAAAACUAGGAGGAAUAUUUUAGAUUGCAGUUAUGAUUGUCGCGAUUAUUUUACGGCCUAUUAUUGAAAAUUUUAUGAAAUUAGAAAUGGUGAAUAAUCUUUUUAAUUUCUCAGAACAAUGUAGAGAUACCAAAGUUCAAAUAAACAUGACUAAUAAUCAGUAAUCAAAUCAAUAACUCACAAAAAGAAAUUUGAAUAGACUAAGCCAAUCUAAUUUGGAAACUUGGUUAAUAAUCUUUGGGUGUAAGUAAUUUAAAAAAUAAUAAUUUGUUUUUGCUAAAAACAAAGUUAAUAAGAAUUUAGAAAUAGUUAAUAUAUUAAGAAAAUUAUAAGAAAUAAAAGUCAUCAAGAAAACUUUGUUAAGCAAAGAAUAAUAAAUUUUAUUGAAAAAUUUUCGAUACUAAAUAGGCUAAAAGGCUUUCUUGUUUUAAAAAAAAAAUUAAACUGAAAAUGUAUAGAAUAUCAUUCUUUAAAACGAUUAAGAUAAUCUCAAUUUCAAUCCAGAUUUAGUGCCUUCAAUGAUUUCAUAAAAAGGUAACUUUCAAAAAGAUUUUUUUAACUCUUGUGAUUAAAUUUAAGUGAUUAAUUCCUUAAAUGAAUGUGAUAUAUAAGAGCCAUCACCACAAAAACUUAAAAUCUGA